AAAAAAUCUAUCUAUAUGAAAAAGUAUACUAAAUUGAAUCCAAUGUAGAAGUAAUGAUGAAGAUAGAUAUUAUAUCCACCUAAGGAAUAAUAAAGUAAGCCAUGUUUCUUAGAGCACUCGCUCGAUAGAACCACUCUAUAAAAACCCAUUUCGUCAAACAAUUGCAUCAUAUAGAGCUUUAACUUAAAUGUGAAGUGCUUAUAAUUAGCUAUUUCAGCUCAUGAAUGAAUUAAUUAUAUCAUUUGGCAAAAGAAAAUAAUUUAUAAACUUGAGAGUUAUUUCGUUUGUUGUUAAAUCAUUUGAACUAAAGUAUGAAAGUGUUCAGAACCGUUAUUUUAUUCAUUAUUAUUAAAAUUGCUAUUUUUAUUAUAAUGUCUAAGCAUGUCUAGGCGAGCUAGGAGAUAGACAAAUGCCCAAUGACUGCCGUAUGCCUAACGUGCUGCUGAACCUCAAUAAUUAUAGCAAACUUUGAGUGCAUCUUAUAAAUUUGAUCACUUCUAUUUUGGUAUAAUUGAUUACAUCAUGAAAGCGAUCAAUCAAAGAGUCUUUCACUAAGAUUUUAAUAAGAUGUCUCCUAAUGCACAAUUAGUAUGACUAAAUUGUAAUAAGAUAAUCAUGUAUUGAAUUCUGAAUCGAUAGCGCAAAAGAUUCUACUAACUCAAGUAGAGAUUUAGCUACUCAUUACUUCAUAUUCGCAUGUAGAUAGCUAUUUCGAAGAGUUCGAAUAUUGAUUGAGUUUGUUGAACUUUACCUAACGAAACUAUGAUAUCAAUCGCAAGAUAUUAUGCUUUUUGGAGAAAUUGGGAAAAUAUGUUGGUGACAUCAAACCUAACAUGGAUACCAUUGAAUUUAAGUGAUAAACAAAAUUUAUGUUUAAUAGAUUAGACAUAAAAAAUAUAUUUAGCAUUCCCAUAAGUUGGUAUGAAGAAGUGAAUAAUUAGGAAUUGAAAGCUAGAAACAAAGUUAAUUUAAUAAAGAACUACAAAUGCUAUUGUGAAAAAGAAAACAAAUGUUUAGAGCAUAGCUAGGCAUGAGAGUGCUACAUUAAACUCUCUAAGAGAAAGCAAGUAACCAUUAAUAGUUACCUAUGGAUAUUGAAAUAGUUAACUAUGAUGAAUACUAUAUACUGGUGAUUAAUACUUGGACCUUAGCUUGAACAUUGCAUCAUGUUGAUUAAAAUUAUUUCAUUAAUUAUAUUAUUGAAAUAAGGGGUCGUAUGAAAGUUGUGAUUGUUUUUUUAGAUUGUUAAAAUAAAUACAUUUUUCAUGAUACAAUACAUAUGUUUUUAUUUUUGUUCAUACACAAUCAUGAAUUAUUUGCUUGAUUUGACUAAACUAUCAUUCAAAUUGAAUGAUUAAACAAUUUCGAAUUUUAGCAUAGACUGUCGAGAUAAUUGGUAUUGGUGUUUGUCAUGUUUAUUUUUUUUUUUAAAUGUAUGGUACCAGUGUUCUUAUGUCGUCAUUGAACACUUCAAUUCAAUGCGCAAUAUUCCAACCAAUAAUAUUUGUGUUGGGAUUUUAAGAUUAUCCUUCAUUUAUAAGUUAGAAAAAAGUACUUUGUUUUUCAUAAUUUCAACUUCCUCUAUGUUUUGUAUUAACAAAGUACAACAAAUGUGUCUAGUCUAAUUAGUUACAAUUCUUGCCUUUGGUGGAAGAGAUCAUAGUUCAAAUUCUAGCAUUGAUAUCUUUUAAUAUGAUAUAAAAAAUUGAUUGUGUAGACGAAAUACCCUUCCUACUUUCACUCUCGUUGCAGGAAAUUUGAAAUUGAGCAAAUCAAACUCUUUAAAAUGCAUUAUAAGUAGUGUAGAUUUUAACUAAAAUAAAAAAUAAAAACUAACCCGUCACAUAAGAUACCCAACCCAUGACCCGAUCCCUCAUCUUCUUCCUCUAGUUGACCCAACUGAAGGAAAAAAAAAAACCCUACCUCCCAAAUAAAUUCUCAAGCAUCGCAGACCUUUUCACCAAAAUUUAGGUCCUCCUCUGGCUUUCAUUGCUACCUCUCAGUCUCAUAUUUUCUCAUCCGCUACCUCAGCCUCCGCCUCCCUUUACACUCCUGAAUUAUGCAAUAAUCGAGGGAUACAGAUUUUGCCCUGCUCGUCGCGACGCACAGAUUUGCCUCCCCCUACUUCUCCGAUGGUGACUCAGUGGAAUUCUGCUGAGAGAUUGGGAGGCGGUGAGAUCCGAAAACGCUGCUGGGAGUGAUGAGACCUAGCUCGACCUCUAAUUAGACUUUGCGCAUCUCAAUUCGAAUGGUGUGUAUAGAUGGAUGUCAAAGGGGAUGGUAUUUGGUGAGAGUGAUAAACCAAUCUAGAAACUUCAACACGUUGGGGAAGGAGCUGGUUUAGGUAGAAAACACGACGAGAUCAACAUGGGUAGAGAUGGAUGUCAAAGGGAGAACAUAGGGUAUUUGGUGAGAGUGAUAAACCAAUCUAGCAACUUCAACACGUUGGGGAAGGAGCUGGGUUCGGUAGAAAACACGACGAGAUCAACAUGUGGAGCUGGUUUCGGUAGAAAACACGAUGAGAUCAACACACAUGUUGAUCUCGUUGUGUUUUCUACCCAAACCAACUCCUUCCCCAACGUGUUGAAGUAGCUAGAUUGGUUUAUCACUCUCACCAAAUACCCUCUGUUUUCCCUUUGACAUCCAUCUAUACACACCAUUCGAAUUGAGAUGCGCAAAGUCUGAUUAGAGGCCGAGCUAGGUCUCAUCAAGUGGCAUCAUCGCCUGGUUCAAAGCAGUGGCCAAGACGAAGAAGAGGUAGGAGGACGUUCGUCCUGUUGCAGCUAGAACAAGAAAGAAGGAUCCAAUUGAUCUGAGGAAACUCGAAGAAACAGAGUCCGACUCUGAGUGCGACGAGAACAUUGAAGUUCAAGAAUCAACCAUGACCGAACAAAUUAAUACGACGGAAUUGAUGCAAACAAUAAUAGCGCAGAUGAACGCCACGUUCCAAGUACAUUUUGACAACAUCAAUAAGCAGUUGGCAGAGCAGAAGUCGACGGCGACACCCGAGCCCAAGUCGCCGACGAGGCAGGAAACGAUCCCUGAAUGCGAUCAAAGCACUCAAGCUCUGAAUGCACACAUUUAAAAUUUGGAGUGCCAAUUGAUUCUCUCCAGGGAUGGUCAUCAUGAAUGAAAUCGUGAGUUUCAUAAUCACGAUCGACGACCGCCAGAGACAAGGGUCCUUGACGAGCUCCAUGGGAUCAAACUUAGUAUACCCUCGUUUCAGGGUAGUCUCAAUCCAUCUGACUAUUUGGAUUGGGAACGGAAAGUGCUCUUGUUCUUCUAUUGCAACAAUUACACCAAAGAACAAAAGAUCAAACUUGUCUCUUACGAGUUUGAAGUCUAUGCGGCUGCGUGGUGGGAACAAGUUCGCAUUAAGCGAAGAAGGAUUGGUCUGCCUCCCAUAGCUACCUGGCUGGAGAUGAGGAGCUUAAUGAGGGACAGUUUCGAGCCCUCAUAUUAUCGACGCGACCUCCACGACACUCUGCAAUCACUUCGUCAAAGGAGAAGGAGCGUUGAAGAGUACUACCAAGAGAUGGUCUCCUUAUGAUCCGAGCUGAUGUUAGGGAAGACAAAGAAGCCACGAUCAACAGGUUUUUGCAAGGUCUUCAGCGAGAGAUAAAAAACCAGGUCGAGCUCUUCCCAUUCGUGGAAAUUGAAGAAGCUGUCCAGCUUGCCGCCAAGGUUGAGAAGCAAUUGAAACAUCAGGGUUCUGGCAGGAGGUUUCCUACAGCGAGCAACAGUCCCAAGCCAAGUUUUGAACCCAAUUUGAAGCCUGAACCACCUCGGGCCAUGGUGAGGAACACUACUCCAGCUGUUCCAGAGAAGUCAAGCACCUCCAGUGGCACAAUUCGUUGCUUUAAGUGCCAUGGGUAUUGCCACAAAGCACACCAAUGUGCAAAUCAUAAGGUUAUGAUUCUUCGGGAUGGAAAAUACUGCUCUGAGGAUGAAGAAGAGGAGAAGCAGAAUCAUACAGAAGACUCCGAGCUUGGAGAAGAGAUGGAAGCAGCUGAUGGUUCGUUGCUCGCACUGCAGAGGGCCUUAGCAAGCCAGGAGGAGGACUUACCUAUUGUGGACCAGCGAAGUAACCUCUUUCACACGAGGUGUCAAGUGCAAGGUAAGAUUCUUACCGUCAUUGAGGAUGGAGGGAGCUGUGCAAACGUGGUAAGUCUUGAUGCUGCCAAGAAGCUUGGACUGACCAUGAUUCCCAGACCUGAGCCUUACUCUUUGCACUGGCUUAGUGAUCACGCCGUCAUCAAUGGGUGCCCUUUUUGAUAGGGAAAUACCACGACAAGCUGUUGUUCGACGUGAUUCCGAUGCAUGCAGCACAUAUGGUGCUUGGAAGGCCUUGGAAGUUUGAUCGCCAAGUCUCCCACGACGGCCGAACGAAUUGUUAUUCAUUCAAAUUUCAGGGGCAAAAAUUGGUGCUCAAACCGAUGUCACCCGCGGAAUUUCGAUCCGAUCAACAACACAUGGCGCGAAGUCGAGCACCAGGGAAAGGUGAUUCUAGUAGCUUUCCACCAGUCACAAAGCAGGUUCCAGUCCGGCAGCUCGUCGUUACUUGUUGACUGUUCUCGCCGGCAAAACAGUUUCGCGAAGAGGUAGAGUUCGUCGGCCCUGUUUUCCAGCCGCCCUGAAGCACUCUGAAUUGGCUGGAGUAGCUGAAGUGAAGUCGGAACGAAAGACCCACGACGACACGUCCCAAAUUUGCCCCAAAACGUGUCAAGUCAAUGAAAUCCUGCCGAAGCGAGCUCCACCUACGAAUCCCAAAAGCCCAAUUAUGCCUCCAAAAGCGCCGAACAAUGAAGAGAAAGUGGUGAAUUGGAUGUGGAGUUCGGGCACGAUUCCAAGCAAUCCAGCACUGGGAAUCUACUCCUAGGGUCUCAAGGAAGGUGUAGGAAGCAAGAAACCAGCUCGGUAACGCUUGACAACGAAACGCCCAAUUUUCAAGUUGGCUCACUGGAUUUUGGAGAAUUGUCGCCGAAAUCUGGGAAUUUUGAAUUCCCCGGUGGCGGAAAACCUUCGAGACUCGAUUCAAGCCGAUUUGGGAACCAUCAAAGCCCGAAAACUAUUGCAUUCGCUUCUUAGGAGCUGGUAGAGCUGAAUGAAAGGAAGAAAUCGCAACAAGAAUGCUUGAAGCGGAAAGCCCCAAUAUCAUUACGCUCACCGGAAAAUCGGGUUUCGCCUAAAAGAAAGGUUUAUGAACUUAAUUUUUGCGAUCCUGUUUGGAAUGAUUUUGUCUCUUGUUUUGAGUACAGAUUGAUCCAAGCUUUGAGGUCAAAGCUUUUUAAAGAAGGGAGGCCAAGUCUGCAAGUCAAGGAUAGAAAAUCCCCAGACCAAGCUCAAGCUUUCAAGCUCAAGGGAAACUCCUUGAGUACUUUUCGAUUAAACUCAAUACGUCAAUUACAAUCAAUGAAAGAGGCUAUUUAUAGCUGAGAUUAACUUACACAAUCCUAAUUGAACAAUGAAACAAUUUACAAACAAAACAAGGAAAGGAAAACACGAAAAACACGAAAGCCCCGAACGUCGUGAAUUCGAGCUCAAAGUCGUGACCUCAAACUGUCUUUCCGCUUUAGUAAAAAAUUGCUAAUUUC